UGUCUAAGGUCUCAGUGUCGGUUCAUGCGCGUUGGCAGCGACAGCGCAUAUUGUUUGUUCAAAAUGAAAGGUCUAUUAAUUAUAUGGGCUAUAGCAGCCUGCGCGUACGCAGUCGACUCAGAUGAUGUCCAAUCAGUAAAGUCUGUCAAGGGAGGUCUUUCUCGGUACAUUUAUAAGGGAGACAACAAUAUUUCUAGAUUCUAUAACAGCCGGCAGUUCAAUUUGACAAAACAUAAGGAUGUUGAAGAAAUAGGAGUUUGUUAUAUAGAAAUACCAACAGCCCAAUUAGUUCAAGAUCAAAAUCAUGUGCCAGCUGGUAAUGGGUCACGCCCAGAGCUGUCUAGAAUCCGAAGCUGCUGCCACGGCUACGCCAGAAACAUCCACGAUUUCAUGGUCUGCGAGCCGGUCUGUUCCAAGGGCUGCAUCAACUCCCUCUGCGUCGCCCCAGAGACCUGCCAAUGCUACCCUGACUACGUCAAGAAUUCUGCAGGCUUUUGUACCGCUACCUGCCCUAUUGGAUGCCAGAAUGGAAGAUGUUCUGGUGGCGAAUGUAUUUGUAACUCUGGAUACAAAUUAGACUCGGAAAGCAAAUAUUGUGUGCCGAGUUGCAAAGAUGGGUGCGGUGGGUCAGGAAACUGUACAGCACCAAACACCUGUACUUGCCAGCCAGGUUACCAGUCGACUCCAGAAGGCUCUUGCAAAGCCUCUUGUGAACAUUGCGAGAACGGAGAAUGUGUCGCCCCGAACAGAUGUAAUUGUCGUACUGGUUAUAGUAAAGAUCCACAAGGAAAAUGCAAGCCACAAUGCACUCCUGCCUGCCGAUCUAAUACCAACUGCAUCGCUCCAAACGUGUGCUCAGCUCCCUCUGAAUUCUCUCCGCAAAAUCAUGGUCUACCACUUAAUGUAAUGCCACUUCAUCCAGAAAAUCAAGUGAAUAAUACAACACGCCCACUACAACCAAACACAAACCAUUAUCCUAAUCCAUACAAUCCAAAUUACCCACAAGGUCCAUAUUACCAAUAUCCAGGAAAUAAUCCAAAUUAUAACACACGGAAUCUUUCAAAUGGAUCACAUGACAGCUCCUAUAGUCAACAAGGUCAAAUAUCGCAACGGCCCGAUGAAGGCUUCUAUUUCAAUCAGGGAAAUUACCCUUAUCCAGGAGGCCAAAAUCCUCAACAAGGAAUUGCUUCACCAAAUAAUACAUUAUAUCCUUCUCUACCAAGAUCAGGACAAGAAUCAAAUCAUUAUCCGGGUAAUAAUUAUCCAGGAAAUAAUCCAAAUUAUAACACACAGAAUCUUUCAAAUGGAUCACAUGACAGCUCCUAUAGUCAACAAGGUCAAAUAUCGCAAAGGCCCGAUGAAGGCUUCUAUUUCAAUCAGGGAAAUUACCCUUAUCCAGGAGGCCAAAAUCCUCAACAAGGAAUUGCUUCGCCAAAUAAUACAUUAUACCCUUCUCCACCAAGACCAGAACAAGAAUCAAAUCAUUAUCCGGGAAAUAAUUAUCCAGGAAGGCCAUAUCAGGGCAAUCAAUAUCCAGGCGGUCAAUAUCCAGAAAAUCAAUAUUCAGGGAAUCAGUAUCCAAAUGGUCCACAUGUUCAUCAAAAUGAACCCAAUUCUUCUCAACCACAUAGAGGAGACAUAGAUUCUGAUAGUAAUCAAGGCUCUCGAUCAACAUCGCCAAAUAACACCAUCCAUGGAUACCCAUAUCCUGGAUCAAAUCGCAACCCAAUUUACCAAGAAUCGAACUCCUAUUAUGCUGGUGGCCGUCAACAAAAUACUUCUUUUAACUCUAUGAACCAAUAUGGCUCUAGUUCAUAUGACUCAUCAGAUCAAAGACAUGGUCAAACAUAUCAAGGAUCAUACAAUAGAUCUCAACAAGAAUCACACGACUCCAGAAACCAGAGAAAUUUCGAUUCGACGCAGCAUCAGUCAUAUGAUAUAUCUAACCAAAGAUCAUAUGAUUCAUCGCAUCGUGAAUCUCAUGAUUCUUCUCAACAUGGUCAAUAUGGAUCGGAAUAUCAAAGUAAUUAUGGAAAUUUCAACCGCGACUCUCAGAAUUCUUCAGUCUUUGGGCAACUUGAUGCACAUCAUCACAAUUAUUCAAAUCAAGAUACCCAACAUUCUAAUCAAGGCCUUCAACAUUCUUCCAACCAAGACACGCAAAACUCUUAUCAUCACGGCAAUAGCUCUUCAAAUCAAGGCUCAACACAGUAUGGGUCUUAUGAUUCUUCAAGACGGGAAUCUCUAGACUCUACAAAUCAAAGAAAUCACCAAGGUUUUGACAGAGCCAAUCAAGCAACAUACCCUUACUUCAAUUCGGGCAGUAAUCCCAGAGAAGCUCCUGAAGUAUCUAAUCAGGUUGCCAACCAAAGUGUUGAUAACACUGGUCACACUUAUGUUCACGGUUUCGCAGAUAGAUUUGAUAUAGAUAACAAAGAGAAUAUAGACCAACAAUCUGCCGAUGUGCCAGUGUGUUCAAAGGCUUGCAUUAACAGCUAUUGCGUUGAAGGGAACGAAUGCCGAUGCAAGCCGGGAUACAUCCCUGACAGGACAAAUCUAAGCGUAUGCCAGCCACAUUGCCCUGGAGGGUGUCCUAAUGGAGUAUGCUCUGGCCCCAGACUUUGCCUGUGUAAUGCGGGCUACUACAAGGAUACGAGUGUCAAAGGGAGACAAGUAUGCGUAAAACGAAACAGAUAGUGAACAGUCUUCAAAGUUCGCUUUGUAAUUAUCUAAGUUUAAUUUUGUGUGCUAUUGAAUACCUACUAGGUUAAAAGUUACAUUAUUUGGUUGCUUAAUGUAUAAAAUUAUUAAGACAGU